UGAAAAAAAAUCUAAACAUACAGUAAAAUAAAAAUAUAUAAAAAUACAAUAAAAAAUUAAAAUCUAAUUAUACAGUAAAAAAAAUACUAAAUCCAAACAUACAUGAAAAAAAAAUUUAAAUCAUCACCGGUUAUUCAUUCUGUCAGAUUACCAGAUUCUGACCCCACCAUCUGCGAAAUCUAGAUUCAUCACAACAGACUGCGUCUUCAGCUGUCCAGUUUUGGAGCAGCCUGUGUCCACUGCAGCCUCAGAUUUCUGUUCUUGGCUGACAUUGUUGACUUGUCCAUUCUGAGAUGCUUCUGUUGACCAGCCUUGCCCUCGAUCACCUCUGACCUCUCUCUCAUCACCUCUCGCUCGCUGUCUGUUUUUAUCAGAGACUCUCUUUUUUUUUGCAUGUGAACAGCAGCAGUUUCAGACAUUCUCACAUCUGAACCUGUCAAAGUCUCUGAGCUCACAUUUUCUCCACUGGGAUGUUCGAUGUGAACAUAAACUAAAACUCCUCACCUGUUAUUUACAUAAUUGUAUAUGUUGCAUUGCUGCCACACGAUUAGAUGAGACUGCAUGAAUUAGCAGGUGUUCCUAAUAAAGCGCACGACAGACAAUAUAAUACCCAAGAAUUACUCAAUUUACUCUUGACUGAUUUACCUCAUUACUGAGAACUAUUUCAGGAAAAUUAUUUUCAAAAAACCAAACUAUAUAGUUGUGACCCUUUUAAAGAGAAACAAGUUAUCAAAUUUGAACCAGUGAUGGAUCUAUAGUCAAUAAGUAAAACAAUUUAAUAAAAGAAGAAAAAGAAAGAAUAAAGACCAACGUCAGCGCCUGUAUUCGUGCCAUUACGGUAAAAAAGUACACAACAUCCUGACCAAUCAGCGCUCUCCGCUCCGCAGAGACCCGCCCGAGCAGCUGCUGAACGAGGAAGUACAGUGCGGAGGAGGCGGAGCCGCACUCGGCGUCACCACACGCAGAUUCUCAUAACGCUGCAGUUUAAUAAACAUUGAUUCUAUACAUGACACAGACUUCUGCUCGGAGACAGCGUUCGGCCGGAGGACUUUACUUUGGUCUGCGAGAUGAGGGCCCUGACUUUGCAGCCGGUAGACCCAUUGGCCCAAGGAGAGCGGCAGCGGCAGCAGGAGGCCACUAUUGGGAGAAGUUUGUCCUCUAACUUUGCUCCUCUGAGUCUGGAGAACAAGUUCUUGGCUCAGACCUCCAUGGCGAUGCCCCAGCCCUCUUCUCUCUUUGCAGCCCAACCCUCCUCCUGCUCCUCUCUCCAGCCGUCCAUUCUCUCUUCCACAUCAUCCUCCCUUCUCUCCACCUCUUCCCUCUUACCUUCCCUCGCCUCUCCCCUCGUCAGCACCCAGAACAGGCUCCUCGCUAGUGAUUCACCCCGUCUCUCCUUUUCUCUGACCUCCUCUGUCCCUAAUGACUCUCUGCUCUCCACGUCCCUGGCCGGCGGUCCUCUGCUCAAUCGCUUUGCUCAUCCUCCUUCAUUCCUGCCUCGUGGUCUGGCUGGAGAACAGAAGGGGGAUGCCGGAGGAGACGAAGGCAGGGAGGAAAUAUCUGAAGAGAUGCAGUCCAGUUUUGAAGGGACAAGUGUGCAAUCUGAGGACGAUGAUGAUUUUUCUGAAGAGGAGGAUGAGGAGGAGAUAGAGGAGAUGGAGGAUGUUUAUGAUAGCUCCUACAUGGAAUCACCUUUCCUGGAAACCGAUCUGGUCGACCAGGAAGUGGAAGACAGUGCGGCCAUCAGACAGGAGGAAUUCGCUGAGGUCGAUGGAGGAAAAGGCAAUAUUGAGGAGGAGCUGACGGACAAAAAGUAUCUCCUGCUGAACGAAGUGUGUUGCUCCCUGGUCAGUAAGAGCACGGCUCCAGGACAGAAGGAGUGGGACUCAGAGGACGGUGUUUGGACCAGGAUCAUAAACCUGGCUAAGGACAUUUCUGUCCAUGACCCAGAGUUUCUUCUCAAGGUGGCGGUUUAUGCUCGACAGGAGCUGAACAUCCGCAUCACAUCAAACUUCUUAUUGGCUCUGGCUGCCAACCAGCCGUCCACCAAGCCUCAUGUCCGCAGAUACUUCUGUGCCGCCGUGCAGCUUCCGUCCGACUGGCUGGAAGUCGUCAGAAUCUAUAGUGCAUGCUUCAGCCACUCGCUGCCGAUGUGCCUGAAGAAAGCCAUGGCCGACAAGUUCAAGCAGUUCACCGAGUAUCAACUGGCCAAAUACAACACGCGAAAACAUCGCUGUAAACACAGCCGCAAAGGUCUCAAGAGCAAGAAACCAACCAACGAGCAGCUGAGACAGUGGGCGACCAUGCUCCGGUCGGAGGCAUCUAUUCUGAAGAAAUUUCUGCAGGUGGAGGGCAGCAAAGUGGUGGUGGAUAAAAAGCAGAAUGAAUUCAGCAUGAAGAAGAUGAUCAAGAGGCUUCACAUCAAAGAACCGGCAGAACACGUCAUGGCCAUUCUGGGAAAAAAGUAUCCCGCUGACCUGAAAGCGUUCACCCACAGUGGAAUCAAGGGCACGUGGGACAGGGAGCGAUUCGGGCAGAGGAUGAAGCUCAAAGAGCCAGAGACGUGGGAGCGCCUGCUCAGUCGGGAGGGCAACAAGGCCGCCACCUGGGAGAAACUCAUAGACAACAAGUCUCUUCCGUUCAUGGCCACGCUGAGGAACCUGAGGAACAUGAUCACUCAGGGUAUCAGUGAAGCUCAUCACAAGAAGAUCCUCGGCAGGCUGACCAACAAGAACGCAGUUAUUCAGAGCCGACAGUUUCCCUUCAGAUUCCUCGCUGCCUACAAAGUCAUCAUGGAGCUUCAAACUUUGGCGUCCACAUCGUGCCAGGCACUUCCCACUACAAAAGAAACCCUGCAGGGAGUCCUGAAGGGGAUUCCCAAGUGCAAGCGCACCAAGUCCUUCGAAUGGGAGACGACCCCAAAGAACCGGGUCAAGAUGACGCUCAAAGUGCCAUUUGUCUAUCGAAAGUACCGAACGAAGAGAGCCCAGCUCCUCAGGGCCAAUCAGAGGCAUUACACUGAAGCUCUGCUGCUCCGUUACCGCAAAGCUCUGGAGACGGCGGUUCAGAUCUCCUGCCGUUACAAUGUGCCCCCGCUCCCCGGGCGGACCGCUGUGCUCCUCUUCACUGACAUGCAUGACAAUCGCACCUGGGACCAGAAACGGGACUUCUGCCUCCCACCAGACCCCGAUAAAAAAGACGAGGAGGAGGAGGAGGAGGAGGAAGAAGCCCCAAGAAGAAGCAGAAGGAGAAAGAAAAAGAAUGAUGAUGAUGACAAGCUCGCUCCCUCUAUGAUGGAAGUGGCGGCUUUGCUCUCUGUGAUGAUCUGCAGCAGUGCCGAGGACAGCCAGCUCCUCCUAUUUAACUGGAGUCACGGUGAAGAGGUCAAGCUGAAGUCGGAUGUGCUUUUGGAAAAUGUCAGAGGUGUCAUGAAGCAAGUAGAGUCAUGUGCUCAGAUGAACUACGAUGCCAGGGACGAGAAUUUCCUCUCCAAAAUAUUUUCCCAAAGAAUCAAGAUCGACAACAUCAUCGUGCUGUCUGACUACUGUCGAUCAAACAACGAUUUCGCCAUCAGCAACUACAGGAAGGAAGUAAACAACAAAGCCCUUGUGGUGCAAAUCUUAUUACAGGGAGACUCAUCAGAAUACACCCCGGACAGAAACAAUGUGACGCUGACGGGCUUCAGUGAGCAAAUGCUCAGGUUUGUGGCAGAACGAGGAUCCUCAAGGCUGAUGGACCAUGUGGAGCACUUGGACAAACUGUACAACGUCCCACCACCACAGGGAGCAAAAGAGCCUCAGACCACAGACAGUGUCGUCCCGAUUCCAGCCUGCCCCAAGUUGAGGUGGCGAGGUGUGCGCGUGUUCGUCUCCUCCACCUUCCGAGACAUGCACGCCGAGCGCGACAUCCUGGUGCGGAGCGUCUUCCCGGAGCUGCGGCGUCGUGCCGCCGCUCACUGCCUCUACCUGCAGGAGGUGGAGCUGCGCUGGGGCGUGACAGAGGAGGAGUCGGGUCGGGCCACCGAGCUCUGCCUGUCGGAGGUGUGUCGCAGCCAGAUGAUGGUGGGAAUCCUGGGGGAGCGUUACGGCCUGGUGCCCCCCAUACCGGUCCUCCCUGACCUGCCGCAGUACAGCUGGCUGGCGUCGGCCCCGGUGGGUCUGUCCAUCACAGAGAUGGAGAUCCGUCAGUUUCAGGCUCUUUUCCCUGAUACAGUGCACCAGCGAAUGUUCUGCUACUUCAGGGAUCCAAUUAUCACCAAAUCAGUUCCAGUGGCCUGGAGAUCAGACUUUGUUCCUGAAUCAAAGGAGGCUGAGUCUAAAAUGGCCUCUUUGAAAAGUGGGAUCCGAGCCAGUGACGUCAAGGUCACUGAAAAUUACACUUGUGAGUGGGGAGGUGUUGUGGAGGGGAAACCGUAUCUGAAGGACCUGGAGGACUUUGGCAAAGCUGUGCUGGAAGACCUGUGGGUGGCAGUUGUGAAGCAGUUUUUGGAAGAGGACGAUGAGGCCAAGGCCACGUCGGAUGCGACUGAGCAGGAGGUGCACCAGGGGGCGCUGCAGAGGCAGUUCUUCGGCAGAGGGAAGCUGCUGUCCGGAGCUGUGGAGAUGGUGGAGCAGGUCCAGACCAGAGGAGGGAUGAUGGUGGUGGAGGGGGGAGCUGGAGAAGGCAAAACUGUCUUUAUGGCUGCUCUCGCAGACGCCCUCAGGACUGGAACCAAGUCAAGGAGAAACCUGGUGUAUGACGUCAUCUCCUACUCCACAGCUGCCAGCCAAUCGGCACGCUCCGUUGAGAACCUUCUCCGCUGCCUCGUUCAGCGGCUUUGUAAAAUCAAAGCCACCGAGGAGAAAUCACCUCUUCCCCACUCUUACAAAGAUUUGUUGUCGGAAUUCCACUCCAUGCUGAGUGAGGUGAAGCAGAAGAAACCUCUGGUGCUGAUAGUUGAUGGGGUGGAGGUCGUCGAAGACGGCGGAGGUCAACUCAACUCUGACUGGAUACCACAGCAGCUUCCACAGCGUGUGUGUUUGGUUGUAAGCAUCACGUCUAAAGCAGCUCUGUUACAAACCCUGGCCAAGAAGAGAAGCGCGGUCCUGUUCACCCUGGGACAGCUCACCACGCCGGACCGGAAGGAGAUCGUUCAGAAGGGACUCGACUCCUUCGGCAAGAAGCUCAGCGAUGCUGCUUUCAACAACCAGCUCCAGACCCUGAUAACGAAGAAAGGAGCGGCGAGUCCUCUCUACCUGCAUCUGGCCUGUGAAGACCUGAGGAACUUUGCCUCCUUUGAUAAGUUGAAGGAGAGCCUGCAGGACUUGCCUCAGUCUCUGAGCCAGUUGGUGCAGCACAGUCUGGACAGACUCUGCUCGCAGCACAGGGGCAUGCCGGGACUCCGCUGGACCCUGGCCGCACUCACCGUCAGCCCGGCCGGCCUGAGGGAGAGAGACUUUUACUCGGUGCUGAACACAUGCAAUGACCUGUCCCCGCGGGACGAGCACGUGUCGUGGGAGGAAGUGCUUCAACUGUCCAGGAAGCCCAAAGGACGCGUUCCCAUGGCAACGUUCACCCGUUUAGUGCAGAGUUUACAAAGUCUGAUUGGUCCGUCUCACUGCCACGACACUGACGACUUGCUGACUCUAACGAACCCGGAGGUGAGGCGGGCCUUUGAGGACUUCCUCCUCCCGGCGGAAGGUGACCGGACCAGAGCUCAUCUCGUACUUGCAGGUCACCGUUUGGCUCUUGCUGACCCUCAGGGAACAAACACCUUCCUCCAUUGUGAGGCCGACUCCGUUAUGCACCUGCCUUCCGACCUGAUUCAAAGUGGCCACCUGGAGGCGCUCCGUCCUUUGCUCUCAAGCUUCUAUUUCCUCUACGCUUUUGUGCGCCACGGCCUCCUGCACCACCUGCUGGAAACCUACAGCUCGUACAUUAACAAGUCAGCGCUCUCCUUUGGCUUCUUGGAGCAUUUACAGGACUGCUGGAGUUUUCUGCGUCGUCACGCCUCGCUGCUCUCGUCCUACCCGCCGCUCUUCAUCCAGCAGGCCUUCAACGAGCCUCCAGAGACCUCCGCUCACCGCUGGGCACGAGGCCUGGUGGGCACGGGGGGGGUCCGGGUAGUUGAGUGGCUGAACAACAAAGAUCAGACUGGUCAAGAGACCAGUGAGCUGGUUUCGACCUUCUCCUCCGAACCGACUUGUUUGGUUGCGAGCUCGGACGGAGAGCUGAUGGUGGUCGGUACUGGAAAGGGAAUGCUGCAUUUAAUCAACGUGCAGACGCGACAGAAAGUGAAGUCACUGGUGAGCAGCUGUGACGGCAUCUCGAGCUGCGUCUUUCUGCGGGACGGACAUCUCGCCACCACCUCCUUCGACGGACGGAUAGAGAUCUGGGACAUCGGGAACGGCUGCAGAACGGCUUUUAUCAACGGCCACACGAAUACGAUAACGGCCAGUGACAUCACCGCAGACCAUCGGCACCUCGCAACCGUGUCUCUGGACUUCACGCUCAAAGUGUGGUCCUCUGCUAAGUGCCACGAGGUCGCCGCCCUGACCAGCCCUAGCCCGAUGAACUGUGUGACCUUUGACCCCGAGGGUCACCUGCUGGCGGCCGGCUGCUGGAAUGGGAAAGUGAUCGUGUGGAACUGGCUCCAGGAUAAAACUGAAACUUCCCUGUGUGGUCACCAGCGCUCAGUGCGUAGUCUCUCCUUCUCCUCCUCCUCCUCCUCCAUGCUCUGCUCAGGCUCGAUAUCCGGAGAGGUGAGGGUGUGGUCGCUGCCCUCCUCCACCUGUGUGGGCUGUUUCCAGGCUCACCACGGGGCCACAGAGGUCCUCACCUUCCUGGAUGAAGGAGCCAUGAUGCUCAGCGCCGGCUCGGAUCACGUGCUCCAGCUCUGGUCAGGAGGACUGGGACGUUCCAUCACUGAAUUGAAAAGUGAUAAAUGUGACCAGGAGCCACCACAGAAGAAACUCAAGACUGCAAACUCUGCUGCACUGUGUGUGGCUGUCAGUGGAGACUGUGCUGCUGUGGGAUAUCACGGUGAAGGCAUCAAACUCUUCAGUCUCGACUCAGGUAAAAUGAUUUGGUCAACCAAGGACCUCGAUGAGUCCAUACUCUGCCUGCUGUGGGUCGCUCCGGACGCGGAUCACACUGAACCCGAGCUGCUGGUGUCCGGAGGAAGCGACAAACGUCUGAGAAUCUGGAAGAGAGAAAAGGGAGAGGACGGAACGAUGGAGGGCCUGAAAAUGUCGGGAAUGUUCGGUGGGCAACCGGGCGUCGUCCUGGCCCUGGCUCAAAACUCCACCUACCUGGCUACAGCUUCAGAUAACUGCAGCAUCGCUCUGUGGUUGUUGAGCGAGUUGGUGGUCGACCACUAUGACGAGGCUCAUGCGUUGCUGAGGGGCCACAGUGGGGGAGUCACCUCUCUGGCCUUCAGCCCCGAUGGUGGACGGCUUCUCUCCGGUGGAAAGGAUAAGGCCCUGAUGCUGUGGGAUACGAGCUCGUCUCCUCCUGUUCUUUCCAAGUCUCUCCCUCACGCUCACAGAGACUGGAUCACCGGCUGCGUCUGGACUCCAGGCUGUGCGAUUAGCUCCUCCAACGACGGCAGGCUUUGUCUGUGGGAUCUGCAGGCCGGCAAGCAGCUGGGAGAAAUCUCCUGGAGUGGUCCUCUCACCUCUGUGUGCUGUCUGGGACAGUAUGUGAUCGCCGGCGGUGCCGAGGGAGCGCUGCACGUGUGGGAAUGGGAAACCAACAUAGAAAUCUGCCACAUCGCUGCCCACAAACAGCGCAUACACCACUGCUCUCUCCUCGCGAAUACAGACAUGAACAAAGACGUCAACUCCGAAGAAAUGACUGUUUUCACUGCGUCUGGUGACGGAACAGUGCAGCUCUGGAAACCACUACAGAUGCAGCACUUCAACACCUUCCAGGGUCACAGCGGUGCGAUUCACGGAGUUGUUCGCAAGCAAGGCGUCCCGGAGUUCCUCACCGUGUCUGAAGACUUCUCACUGCGUUCCUGGACAUGGACAACAAAGCGUCUUCUCAGCCGCUCAGAACCUGUCACAGCGCUGUGCUUCUCCCAGAAAGAGGAUCUGUGUCUCGCUGGUUAUGCGUCCGGUUUGCUGGAGUUGUGGCAGCGCAACACCGUGGUUUGUCUCAAGCAGGCUUCAGACAGCUGCGUCACGGCGAUCUGCUCCAUGCCUCGCAGACAGUUUGCUGUCGCCCAGUCGAACGGUUGUGUGGAUGUGUGGAAGCUGGUGUGGAAUCAAGAGCACAGCGUCGGAAGCCUGGUGAAGGUAACAUCGUACGCGGUGAAAGAUCCAGUGGUCCACCUCUUCUUCUGCGCUGCCCUGACCGGAGUGUCCGACAACGGAACACUGUUUGACGUCGCAAACAAAGACAAUCAAAUAUACAACUGGCACCGGCGAGUCCGCUUGUUGGGUUCGAUCCCUAACGACGAGAAAAGCAUGUGGCUGGUGGGCGAAGAAGACGGACACGUAAACAUCGGCUUCGUUUUUACCAUGACACCCAAAAACAGUCUCAGUCCAGCUUUCCAGGAGUGCGAGGAGGAAGAGGAGGAGGAGAAGAAGAAGAGAACCCCGAUAACAGCAGCAACUGUGGACAGAGAGUUUGUGGUGUGUGGAGAUAUGAAGGGAAACAUGUGGUUUAACCAGCCGUCAGAGGUGACGCCAUGGAGCAGCAGGAAACCUGCUCACAGUGACAGGAUCAGUGUGCUGAGACUCACCAACAGCACCAUUGUCUCAGCUUCCUACGACCGGACGGUGAAGCUGUGGGACAGAAUCACCAAGAAACAGGUUGGCAUGUUCGUGUGCGGAGGUCCUGUCCAGCUUUUGGAGGUGAAUCCUGAAAAACCCACUGAACUGGUUUGUGCUGACCGACAGGGGAAGCUCUACUUUCUCUCCUGGAAGGAAUAAUUCAGAAAUACACUUUGCUCACUACACUAACCAAAGAUUAAGGGAAUAUUUAGCUUUUUUUUGUUUGUUCUUCAAUGAUGGAAAAUGUAAAAUGAAGUGUAAAAGCUGUAAUGGUCUAAUUAUGUCUUGUUUACAGGUGCCUUUAAUUUAGACUAAAAGAACUUGCAAAUAUAACAAGCAAGUAUAAAAAGAAUGACAAGCUUUAAAAAAAAUUAUGAUAUAGUUUUUUGUGAACUGAAUUUAUUAUGGAGUUAUUAUGGAAAUAUAAUUGAAGGAAAAUGGGAAUGUGUAAUAUUAAAACUUCUGACGUGGAAUGGGUAUACCAAUCAAGUUAUUCUAAUUUUCUUUGACAAUAAACAAUUUGCACUUGA